AUGGAAGCAUUGUAUGCAAUUCCGUUCACCGUCCUUGAAGUACCAAACAUUAAAAUCAAAAAGCCAUCAUGGUUGCAGCCUCCAUCUGCAAUGACUACGUUUUCUUUGGUAUUAUUCUCAUACUUCUUGGUGACGGGAGGAAUUAUAUAUGAUGUGAUCGUUGAGCCGCCAAGCGUUGGCUCCACGACUGAUGAACACGGUCACAGCAGGCCGGUUGCGUUUAUGCCAAACAGAGUAAAUGGCCAGUAUAUCAUGGAAGGUCUGGCCUCAAGUUUCCUCUUCUCCCUUGGAGGACUUGGUUUUAUCAUACUUGAUAGAACUCAUAACCCUACUACACCAAAGCUAAAUAGAAUUUUACUGAUAUCUGUAGCCUUUUUAUGCAUCCUUGUCUCUUUUUUCACAACUUGGAUUUUCAUGAGAAUGAAGUUGCCAGGAUAUUUACAAAAU